UCGUCCGGAGGAUAUAUAAUCCCGAUUCAUAACCACACUAGACCCGAACCGAUGGAACCAAAGCUGACCCGAUACUUAGAUUGGAUCUCUCCUCUCUUAACGUAGAUCCUCGUUUAACAGCUCUCUCUCUCUUUCUACUUCCUCUGUCCGAUUUUUAGAUUGAUUCUAGGGUUUCUAUUUGGAAACUCUUUCUGAAACUUCAGAGAGACUUUCCGUGUUCUAGGUUUCCUUGAUUUAGGGUUUGAGGAUAUAUAAAAUUUGCAUCGAAUAAAAGAUGUAUGCUGAUAGAUUAGAGUCUGAUUCUGGAAGCAGGAAGCUUCUAAAGGAUCGAAUCAAUGGCGGUUCUGAUGACAACUCUACUCGCUCACGACAAGUGACUGGGAAAAGGCAAAGGCAGGACGAUAAAUGGGAGCAUGAUCUUUUCAGUAGUGACAAACCUCAACUUUCAAGUCGCAGAGUUGAUUCUGGAGAUCUUAGAAUGAAGCUCCAGAAGAGACAUCAUGGGUCUCAAAGUGGGAGAGAAGCUGGUUCGGGGGUGCGGGAUCUACGGGAAAAGCUCUCUGGGACAAUGAAUGUGCAACCCAAAAACAGUGACCCGACAAAAUCUAAAGUGGAGACGGUGAGACCUAGCAUGAAGAGUGUAGUGACUGGACCUGCGACAGAGACUACUGGAAAAACUUCCAGUCAAGCUACCAGGAAGAAAUCACAGCAGGCUGGUGCAUCGGUUGAUAGCUUUUUGGAAUCAUUGGGUUUGGAGAAAUACUCGACAGCUUUCCAAGUGGAAGAAGUUGAUAUGGAUGCACUCAUGCAUAUGACAGAUGAUGACCUCAAGGCUAUGCUUAUACCAAUGGGUCCGAGGAAGAAGAUACUUCUUGCUUUGGGAUCCAAGCGCUAAUCGUUUAGUGUCACUUGAUGGCUCAAAGCUCAGCUUGAUGGUCUCCGGAAUUACAUUAAGAUAUUGUCGAAAGGAUUCCGGAUUUGGCUCUCUUUUUCUCAAAUUCUUUUUCUUUUUACUGUAUCUGCCCAUUUCAAGAUGUUAGAAUUUUGGCCGUAGACAUCUGUAAUGUUAAAUAUAGUGAGACAAACAUCACCUGUUUGCAUCAACUAUGAUGUGAGAGAAGCUUUUAAGUUUAAAACACAAUGC